GUGGGGCUUUUGCGUGUGCUUUCUAGUCCGGCUCUUCUGAUUGGCUGUGUGCCAGCGUUGCGGGUGAGGUCACGCCGCACCUGGCUGCUUCACGGAAGUGUGGUGUAGCGCAGGGCUGAGCUCGGUGGCGGCGGGUCCGUCCCGGUCCCGCUCGGCCCGUCAUGCAGGCGGUGGAGCGGGACGGGGCGGCAGGCGGCCCCGAGGGGGCGGCGGGGGGCGUUGAGGCGCCAUCGGAGCCGUCGCCGCCCAAGGCCGCUGCCGCUUUCGACCUGCUGGAGCUGGUGCGGAGCUACCGUCGGCUGGAGCUCUACCUGGAGCCGCUGCGGGACACCGCCGAGGUCGUCCGCUCCCUCCUCCGGUGGCAGCGGCCCGUGUGCUCCCUCCUCGUCUGCUUCGGCCUCAACUUCCUCCUGCUCACCCUCGGCCAAGCCGCCUGGUACUCGGUGCUUGCCUUGUUGGUCGUGGUGCCGGCCCUGCUGGGCUACCUGCAGGAGACAUGCCGGGCCCGGCCCUCGGAGCCGGAGCUGGUACGCAGGAGGUACCACAGCGUCCGCCGGGAGGACCUGCGCAAGGUGCAGCUCUCGCGGCAGGAGGCCAUCGCCCAGGUCAAGAGCUUCCUGAUCCAGCUGGAAGGGUUCCUGAGCGGGAUGUGCUGCAGCUGCGAGGCAGUGUACCGUGUGCUGUACUGGGAGAACCCCACUGUAUCUUCCCAGUUUUAUGGGGCACUGCUGGGUUCUGUCUGCAUCCUUUACCUGCUGCCCCUCUGCUGGGUCCUGGCCAUCCUCAACAGCACCCUCUUCCUGGGCAAUACCCAGUUCUACCAAGUGAUAAUGGAGCUCAAGGCCUCGAUCGAGCAGCGUGUGGGCACCAAACCUCUUGAGAGCACUCCGGAGCCUGCCGAACUCUUGCCAGCUGCUGCCCCCCUGGAUCGGACCCCUACACCCACCAGCACAGAGGACCUUACCCCUGGCAGCGUGGAGGAGGCAGAGGAGGCAGAGCCUGAUGAAGAGUUCAAAGAUGCUAUUGAGGAGGAUGACGAGAGCUCUCAGUGCUCAGCAGAUUUUGACCUCAACCUUCCAGACAAUGGUUUUAUGAGCAAAAACGAGGUGAUCCGCAGCAAGGUGUCACGUCUGACCGAGCGCCUGCGCAAGCGCUACCCCAGCAACAACUUUGGGAGCUGCACGGGCUGUGCAGCCACCUUCUCUGUGCUCAAGAAGAGGCGGAGCUGCAGUAACUGUGGAAACAGCUUCUGCUCCAGGUGUUGUUCCUUCAAAGUCCCCAAGGCUGUGAUGGGAGCCACAGCCCCGGAGGCUCAGAGGGAGACGGUGUUUGUGUGCGCUCUGUGCAACCAGGUGCUCAUCAAGUGACUGAAACAGACCCAGACUGCCUGAAACCCGGGACAGUGGGCAGCCGGGAGCCCAGGCUGCUUGGUUCCCAGCGUGGCAUCACCCUGCCAGAGGACGCCUGUGCUCGCUGUUCCUCCUGCCAGUGCCAGGCUGGGGGCAGACCAGCCCUCCUCGCCAUGCAGCAUCUGCCACACCAGCUGGGUCCCUGCAGCAGAGCAUUGCCCACAGCCGUGCCCCUGUCCCUGCGGCUGUCCCCUGGCAGCUGCUCCAAGCCCUGGGUGCUUCCUGGCACUCACUGCACCCUGCCACGUACUUGCCCAGGCCCUGUGGCCUGGCUCAGUGAUGGAGGAGCCACCCUUACCACUUGUGGUCCUACCUCCACUUCCUGGGUGGGGCAGAACAACCUCAGGGCUCUGUCCCUACCUUUCCCAGCAUUGUGCUAGGUCACUGUAUUUUUUGGGAUCAAGUCAGAGCUCCACCUGCAUUCCCAGGAGAUGGGGUCCUUGGUCCUGGCUCAGCUGAGACCCUGCUAGUCACUCCGGUGCUCCUCAGCCUCGCUGCCUGCAGGUUUAGUCUUUCCCCUUAUAUUCGGCUGUAGCACGGAGGAGGCAAGAGGUUAAGUUUGGGCUGGGCUGUGUGGUCGGGUCUCCAGCUGCAGCGUGAGAAGAGCCACGAGUUGGUGCUGCUCUGUGCGCUUAAUGACUGCUGCUUUUUACUACAGAUUAAUAUAUAAGUGUAUAUAGAGAAUGACCAAUAAAUCUCUUGCCCUCA